AUGGCGUCUUCUGUCCUCCUCAACCGCAUGUCGCCAUAUCGAGAAUUUGCUCAACCGCCCAUCAACAGAUAUAACUGUUAUGGGCCUCCUUUCGACAUACCCAUAACUAUAACUGAUCGUGAUGGUUCUCUUAUCCAUGAACAAGAAGGCGAGGCCCUUCUUACCGCCAUAAUUGCGCAAGACGAUGUUGAAUUCCUCGAGAGAUAUUUCGCUAUUGAUCCUCGCGCCAUCCCAAACCCGUUUGGGCUCCCUGAUGGCGAUGAGGCCAUUUGUUAUCACGCCGAUCGGUUCCGUUACGCUGCCAAAUGUGGUAGUCUCAGAACCCUCCAAAUGCUUUACAAGUACGCCACCAAAGAUCUUGAUAAGACGAAGCCAAUCAGAUUAGAAAUGGGCAAUUUCCAGCUAUUGAAUGUGGCGGCCCAAUACGGUCAAAUCGAGAUUGUACAAUGGCUCCUUGACACCAAGCCAUUAUACGCCGGUAUUCAUGAUCGCGAUCUCAGAGGCUUUACCGCGCUUGCAGCUGCUGCCGAUCUAUUUCCAUUCCGACGUGCACCCGCGUGGUAUGAGAUCUGUUUCAAAAACAAUGAGACGAUAAUGAAUCUGCUGCUUGAUCAUGGCGCCAGCGCUGCUGACGUUGUCCACCCAACAGGCUGUAUAGAUCAGAAGCGUCCUACUGUUCUAACUUUAGCUGCCCAGUGGGCAAGCCCUGACUUACUUGGAAGACUCAUCGACGGUGGCGCUGAUGUUCAUUACAAGGUACUGGCAGACUCAUGGGAGCUGAAAUUUCGAGAUCAACGUGAUUUUCCGGUCCAGAUCGAGGUCAAUGCCCUGUUUCUUGCAUCUUUCCGGGCAAACCCUGAUGGCGUCAAAACCCUAGUUGAUCGACGAGGUGAUGGAGUUGGCAUCGCAGACAUGAUGUGCUCUCCAGACUGUGUUGGAAGCCUCCCUCUUCACUGGGCGGCUCGAAACCAAUUGCCAGAUGUGCUUAGACUCAUUCCAACAUCGAUGCUCCAAGAAAGAGCUGGGAAGAUCACUCAGACUAUUGAACAGCUCUUGGAUUUCGCUCCUACCACAGUCAACGUGCAAGACAAUGAUGGAAAUACAGCAUUACAUUACGCCACCAGAUAUUUCGGCAAGAAUGGAACGAUGUACACUCCUGUCUUCCAACUUCUAUGCAGUCGAGGGGCAGAUGCAAAUCUUCACAAUUACAAAGACGAAACGCCUUUACAUACCCUGUUUGAGGCCCAAGGCGAUGACGGGCCCAUUGACCCAGCUGUCAUAUUACUUUUAAUCGCACACGGGGCAAAGGUUACAGACGUUGAUAAUGCUGGUAACACACCGUUACACCUCGCAACCAGAAACUGGCAUUUCAUUGAUGCUGUCUCACUUUUGCUUGAAUAUGGUGCAGACCCUGCUCGACUAAAUCUGAAACAAGAGAAUGCUCUUCACACUGCUGCUCGUGGCGUCUGUCCGGGAAAUGGAGAAAAAAAUACAGAAAUGCCGAAGGACAUGAUGGCCAACUUGGUGAAAGCUGGAGGGGCGGAGCUGAUGGAUCUACCAAACGCAGAUGGAAAGACUGCACGACAGAUAUCUGAAGAGCGGACUCAUGAAGGAAUAGAGGAUAAGACGUGCGAGACGUAA